AGAAGCAAGCAGGCGCAGCUCUCUCUCUCUAACCUUUGAGUCAGUGGCUCCAUGGCGUACGAACUUAAGUCGACCUCCAUCAAUGGUGUCAAGAUGUACAGCUUUGCUUCCCAGCAACGCUCUCUCGCCACCUGGCUUGACCCUAAGAAGCGUCGAGCGCUUCGCAAAGAUCAAAAUUAUAUGCAAAGGGUGGACUUGAUCCAGGACCUGAGAUUUGAAACUGCAACUACUAAAAUCAAGGCAACUCCUGACGGGGAGUUCCUAAUUGCAGCAGGUAUUUACCCACCGCAAAUCAAAGUUUAUGAGCUGAGGGAACUUUCACUCAAGUUUGAAAGGCACUUGGAUUCAGAGAUAAUUGAUUUUGAGGUUUUGGCUGGUGAUUAUUCAAAGCUUGCGUUUUUAUGUGCUGAUCGUUCUGUUUAUAUACAUGCAAAAUAUGGAAAACAUUACAGUGUGCGAAUUCCAAGAAUGGGAAGGGACAUUGUGUACGAUUGCUGGUCUUGUGACUUGCUUUGUGCUGCCUCUUCCCCAGAAUUGUACAGGAUUAAUCUGGAACAGGGGCGGUUUCUCUCUUCGCUGAGCACACAAUCAGCGGCACUAAAUGUAGUUUCUCGGAGCAAGCUUCACGGUCUAGUUGCUUGUGGUGGUGAGGAUGGUGCUGUGGAAUGUUUUGACUUGAGGACGAAAUCCUCGGUUGGUAGGAUUAAUGCUGUGGCACCAGCUGGUGACAUUGACCAGGAGGUCACUGCAUUGGAGUUUGAUGAAAAAACGGGUUUUCUAAUGGCUGUCGGAAGCAGUGCAGGGAAGGUACUCAUUUAUGACUUGCGCUCAUCACAUCCUAUACAGGUUAAGGAUCACAUGUAUGGCAGCCCGAUAUUAGACAUUAAGUGGCAUCAAACUCUUAAUUCUGAGGCGCCAAAGUUAAUGACCACUGAUAAUCACAUUGUUAGAAUAUGGGAUCCUGACACGGGUGAAGGCAUGACCAGCAUUGAGCCAACAGCUGGAACAAUUAAUGAUAUAUUUGCAUUUCCUGGGAGUGGAUUAAUGAUGCUGGCUCUAGACUGCAGUCAGAUUCCAUCUUAUUUCAUCCCUGAUCUUGGACCUGCACCCAAUUGGUGUUCUACACUCCAAAACCUUACUGAAGAGCUAGAGGAGGGUGGACAGACAACCAUCUAUGAUGAUUUCAAAUUUUUGACAAAAGAAGACCUUGAGAGGUUGAAGUUGACUGGUCUCAUUGGGACCAAUCUCCUUAGAGCCUACAUGCAUGGGUUUUUUAUUGAUUAUCGGUUGUAUAAAAAGGCAAAAGAUUUGGCAGAGCCAUUUGAUUAUGCUGAAUACAUUCAACAACGUAAAGGAGAGAAGCUAGAGAAAGAACUUGCACAGCGAAUUACGAUUAAGAGGAAAUUGCCCAAGGUCAAUCGGACUCUUGCAAAGAGUAUUCUUGAUAAUGAAGAUGCAGAGAAUGAAAUUAAAGAUGCUGAUAGCAACGAGACUAAGAAGCUGUCAAAGAAAAAGAAGGCACUUGGUAGUGAAAUUCUCAAGGACGAGCGAUUCGGAAAUAUGUUUGAAAAUAAGGAUUAUCAAAUUGAUGAGUUUUCACAAGAGUAUGUGGCUUUACACCCUAUGCCUUCUAAGAAGCAACCAUCGUUGGUGGAUGAACAUUUCAGACCUGCCAUGGAGGAUGAAGAUCAGAACUUAAGUGAUUCUGAUGCCUCCGCAACAUCUUUGUCAUCAGAGGAACCUGGCCAUGAAAAGAGUAAAGUGAGAAAGAAAGGACGAACUCCAAGAUUGUAUGAAGUCAAGGAUGAGCGGCAUGCAGAAGCAUUCUUAAAUCGUGAGUCAUUUGCAAAGGAGGAAUUACUCCCAUUGGGCGAGAGGGUAGCUGCUCUCAGAGAUGAUCGGCAGGUUUCUGCUAUCCCAAGUGAUGUUAAGCUGGGACCCGGAGGUUCACGUGAGAUUUCCUUUAGAGCUAGAAGCUCCGCUAAGUACAAAGAGGACGAGGAGGAUGAAGAAGCACAGCGUGGAAAGAGGAGGGGAGUUCAAUCGUUAGGACUAAAACAAAAUAGUAACGGAUUCGGAAGUCGAGGGAGAGGAGGCAGGGGAGGUAGAGGAGGCAGAGGAGGAGGGAGAGGCGGCAGAGGGAGAGGAGGGCAUCGUGGGAGAGGUAGAAGUGGUGGCUGGUAAAUUAUUUCCAAUCCGUGUACGCAUGACAGUUCAACCAAAGAUGUUUUCAAUACAGAGCGAUAGUCGAGUGCAUUUAAACAACUUAAUGAUCCAGGGGAGGAUUUAUGUUGAGUUGCGCCAUUUUUGUUGUCGUUCUUUUUAACCAGCCUUUAUACAGAGUGACGUUCUCAUUUUUGUUGAGAUAGUAAAUUGAGAUUAGGGGAAGCUCCAACGAGGUACAACGGCUAUUUAGCGUCUUGCAGAAUGCAGAGGAAAUGAAGCGGUAUAUUGGAAUUGUAUUUUAUAUUAUAUUAUCAACUUAACUUAUUCAAAAUAUUGUAAACUGAUAGUGGGCAACAGAACUGACGUUAACCUGAACUUGGAAUUGGGUUAUAGUUCUUUUCUGUUUAUCAUUUCAACUAGUCCUUUUGUGACCAGGGAAAACAAUGGUCACCUACUGUUAGAUUUAAUCCAACGGUGACUUCUGAUUAGUGCCUCAAUAUAAGAAAAUUAAUGCCCCUAAAACAAUUAAGGGGAUGUUUGGUAUUGUAUUCAA